AUUAUUAAACCCUCAUCAAAUUGUGUGCCCUCAUCUCUUCCUCAUUUUUCCUCUUCACUGUGCCUUAGCAUCGGUGCAGUCUCAUCACCGCCAUUGUCCGACGUCUGCGCAUCGCCAUCUCGAACAGAGCCGGUCCUCACUCUCCGUCACUCUUUGUCAUCUAUCGAAGCCAAAGCUUGUCGUCUCUAGUCGUUCAUUGUUGACCUGAGCUGAAUGACGUAGCAUCUUGCGCCUCGCGCCUGCAUCAUCUUUUUCAUUGCAAGCUUCCCAUCGUUGAGGUUUGUGGUUUAUUACAAAGGCCAUUUCUAGAUUAUCUGGUUCAUUGACGAACAAUGGAAGAUAAAGUCACUGUCCCACCUAAAAGAGAUUGGAAACAAAUGGGACAUGAAGAGGCAACUGUAGCUGUUCAUGAAGAAAUGAAACGAGUGCAAAAGUUUCCUUCUAACAGUACCUAUGCUACUCAUCGUUUGCGGGUUUUAAACAAAAUUCUGCAGCUUUUAUCAAUUCAGAGAACUGUAUCUCAGGAAGAGGAACUGGAGUUGCUGUUUUCUGGGCUUUCCUUGGGAUAAGUUGUAGCUUGAGAAUGUCUAGUACAGUUUAACUUCUCUGUACAAAUACAACUACAGAAUGAAGGGUUGCUAGGAUUUUGUUGGUCGCCCUCGAUAUACCAUACCAUACCACAUACGUUUCUGUAUCAAUAUCCUAAAAUGCUUAUCAUAUGCCCUCGAAGGGACAAUGUCCUUAAUCCUUAAAAUAAAAUUUGGGUGAACAGUAAAUCAUUAUUAUUUGUUGUUAUCUUA